UAUACAGUCUGGACUUUCUGACUAAACCUAAUCUCUUAGUGCUGAACUGCCCCUGAUUUUACCUGAUGUCCCCGAAUUUGCCUCUUAAUUUUGUAGUAGUAUCCCUUUCAUUCAAUUUUUGAUUGCCAUUGAGGAUUAAGUCGAUUGGAUUUUUUUUUGUGUUUCAUAGUCUUCAAAUAUGCAUGCUGAUGCAAGACAUGCUGCUCUAUUAACUGUCUAAGAAAAUCAGAAUAACAUAAAAAGGCCCUGGUUUGGGGGCCAGCCGUCCUUCAUUAUUUUUGGCUUUGUCGCUGAUUCUUGAGCAAAGAAAUUGAGAGGUAUGCUUUACCUAUACAGUGGUAAUACGUUUGUGUAAUAUAUACAGAUAGGAAUACACAUCGAGCAAUUAACUACAGCCUCCCGAAUUGUUGACAGCAUGGACGCUGUCCCUUCAGCGGCUCUAGGUGGCAGCUGUAAGCAUAGUACAGUGUUUUCAGCAGUAAGGGAAGCAUUUUCUCCAGCAAGGACCCGAAUAAUGACUGUACUGAAAGAAUAUAGGUGAUCUGCAAAGAAAUUCUGUAAACUUUUGUUGGCAGCUAAUAAAAGAAAAAUCCUGAGCACAGGUGUGCACCCAGGUAGAAAGAAGUCCAAUAUCUAGAAGAUCUGAAUGUACUUGCUAACAUGUUCAGUACCACUAAAGAUAGAAGCACCCGGAGGGAAGACAUUCAGAAGGGACUACAGUUCAUAGAGUCUGCAUUGUCUUAUCCUGGAAAUGAAGAACAAUAUGAGGCAUUUCUUCAGGACCUUGUGCGGGAUCUGUUCUGUGAAGGCAAUGAUGUUUAUAGUGAACGUGAUUGGGUAGAGGCCCUGGGCUACUAUAAUGAAGCCUUGAACAUAGUUGAUUAUGCAGAAUCAGAAGGUAUCCGCAUUUCUGCAGUAGUGACCGAGAAACUUUAUGCCAAUCGUGCUGCUUGCUAUCUGAAUAUGGAAAAGCAUGAUAAGGUAUUAGAAGACUGUGAUAACGCUUUGAAGUUAAAUGGCAACAAUUAUAGAGCCCAGUAUAGGAAAUCCAAGUCCCUGAAAGAACUGGAAAAAUACAAGGAAGCUUAUGACAUCAUACUGAAAUGUGCAUUGGCUGUGCCACAGGAUGAAAAUGUGGUGAAAUUAACUCAAGAAUUAGCUAAGAAAUUAGGCUUAAAGAUAAGAAAAGCUUAUGUCCGGGCUCAGCCUGCCCUGACACCAAUUCCCACUUCUGUAUCUUGUGCAACACGCAUUACGAGCUCCGGUGUUACAGGAUCUGUGGAAGACAUUGAAUCAGAUCUGUUGGAACAUGGCAGUGAAUCAGUUUCUGCUUCUUCAGUUACAUCCAUGUCUGGGAAUGACAUUUUUACUUCUGGGAAUCAAUUUUCUCCCAUAUCGGUGCCUAGUCCAGCAUCCCCAGUAUCUCAGCAGAUGGACAAGCUAAGCACUCCUUCUGUGCUAGCGAAUGGGAGUACUGUGUCCUUGCCAUUACCCAAAUCCCACUUACAUGGUGUAGAUGAAGAUAUAAUUGGGGAUGAGCUGGAUGAAUUGCUGGACUCAGAGGGUGAUGCAAGUAAGAUUACGCCACUUGGUUCAAAUAGAGGUCCCAUUCCUAAUGACUUCCCAAGCAGUGUGCCACCUGGAAUACCUCUGAACAUAAUGGGUCCAUUGGAAGUCACUACUCCAUUAAUUCCAACAGUUCCCCUGCCUCUGUUGUAUUCAUUCCCUUUGCCAGCAACAUUUCCUACCUUGGAUUCCUUAGAUAGCUUUUCGGUCAUUGAGCCAAAACGAGAUUCGCAUUCUUUGAUUGGUGGCCCUUUUGGCAGUAGUUUGUCUUAUAGUACAGAGCUGAACAGUACCAGCAGUCUAUUCAGACAUGAUAGAGGUCAAAAUGAGAGGAACAUUUUAGAAGCUGCAGAAGUGGAUGAAUUGGGCAUAAGAACAAUCUCAGCAGCAUCAGUAUCAAAUUCUCAUCCAUUGUUUGACACGCAUGAAUUCAGACAAGCUUGUAGUCUGUGUUUUAAAUCAGGUGACAAAGUAUUACAUUUUGAGUACCAACCUAACUUGGAGCACAAGUGUAAGAAGGACAUUCUAAUUGGUAGAUUAAAGAACUCUGAGGGCAAACAGUGGAAACUUAUACGACCAAGACCAACAAAGACUCAGUAUGUCGGCCCAUACUACAUAUGUAAAGAUGUCGCUGCUGGGGAGGAAUGUAGAUAUCCUGGUCGCUGCACAUUUGCAUACUGCCAGGAAGAGAUUGAUGUAUGGACUCUAGAAAGGAAGGGGGCCUUUUCUCGAGAGUUAUUAUUUGAUCCAUUUGGAGGAUCAAGUAAAACCAAUUUAACAGUCUGCAAACUUCUUCAAGAGCAUAAUGGAAUAUUUAUGUUUCUCUGUGAGGUUUGUUUUAAUCAUAAGCCCAGAAUCAUAAGUAAAAGAAAUAAGGAAAGUCCUUUUUGUUCUCAUCCCAUACGUAAACAUGACUUUGAGGAGAACAAGUGCUUAGUACACAUUCUUCAAGAAACUUCAGUAAAGUAUUCCAAGAUUCGUCCCUUGAGUGAUCACUCACAGUUUGACCUUUGUCGACAUGAAGUUCGCUAUGGCUGCAUACGAGAAGAUGAUUGCUUCUAUGCUCAUAGUCUUAUAGAACUGAAAGUUUGGAUGAUGGAGUCAAAUACAGGUAUUUCUCAUGAAGAAAUUACACAGGAGUCAAAAAAAUACUGGCAGACCUUGGAAGCUAAGAUGCCAGGAAAUCAUUUGAAAUUUGGAUUGCCAACCCGGAAGUUGAAGUUUGUAUGCGGACAGUGCUGGAAGAAUGGCCAGACUAAUGAGGCAGAUAAAAAAAAACAGUAUUGUAUUGCGAAAGCAAGACACCCCUGGACAAAAGAUCGCAGAGUUGUGAUUGUUAUGUCAGAUGAACGCAAAAAGUGGACAGCUGUUCGUCCCCCUCCAGCUAGGAAGCCACUACCUUUACAGUUUGACUUAUGCAAUCACGUGACCUCAGGGAACAAAUGCCGUCGUAAUGAGAACUGUUCUUUUGCUCAUAGUGCAGAGGAAAAAGAAAUGUGGACUUACAUGAAGGAGAAGCACAUUCAUGAUAUGGAACAGCUCUAUGACUUGUGGCUGAAGAGUCAGAAGCCUGGAGUAGAGGAGACUUGCGGGCAAGCUUCAAAAGAGGGAGAAAAAUCAAUACACAUGCCAACAGAUUAUGCAGAUUUUACAUUUGAUUUUCAUUGCUGGCUAUGUGGGAAAAACUGCAACAGUGAGAAACAGUGGCAGCAACACCUUGCAUCUGAAAAGCAUAAGGAGAAGGUUUUCCUCUCAGAGGAUGACAAGAACUGCUGGCAGUAUCGCUUCCCAACAGGGUAUUUUAAUGUCUGCGAGAGGCAUAUAAGUGGCACUUGCUCAGAUGGUGACAGUUGUCAACUGGCCCACAGUCAUGCAGAGCUGGAAGAAUGGUUGGAAAGAAAGGAUAUUCUAAGAAUGAAGUUAGACAAGGCGAAAAAAGACCACUUGAUUGCACCAAAUGAUAAUGACUUUGGAAAAUAUAAUUUUCUGUCUGAAGGAAUAUUGUCAUAAAACUGAGGUGUCCUUUCAUCUUUCUUGAUCACGAAUUUGACAAUAGAAGCUGAUGGUUCAUCUGUAAUGAAAGUUCUCACUCAGCAGGUGGAAGAUCUUCAUUCUUCUACUUCCCUUCCUCAGUCUGCAAAGCACGACAUGCACAGUGAGCAUACGCCGUAGUGGAAGUAGGAGCUCAGAGUUGCCCCAGGCACUUAUGUGGCCCUGUAAUGAGGUAGCAGGCAGCAGGUUAAAGCAUUAAAUUACUGUUCUGCAUCCACAUUUGGGUUUGAAGAACAAGUCUGAGAGAAGGGUGUUGAGAGAAGGAGGGAGGGGAAGAGAGAGAGAGAAAAAGACAGCGAGGAAAGAAUUUGUGAAGAAUGAAGACGGUCAGAUGCAACAAUCUGAAUGAUUUGCUUAGUAACAUCUACAGAAUGUGCAAAAUACAUGUGCUGAAAUAGUAUGAAACAUCUUAUGCCAUUCGCAGAGGAAGGAAACAGUAAUGGCUGUAAUUUUAACACAAUUAUUUUGAAAUAAAUUUUAUUUUAUUUUAACAUAAAUGUUAAAGGUUUUGCCACCUUUAAUUGGGUUACUUUCAAGGCUCAUUUUUAAGUAGUUUAAAUCAAAAUUACCAUUCAACCCUUUGACGUUGAAUGGGUUUAAUAUUUCCUCUUGACAUAUAUUUGACUAUAAGCUUUAUCAAGCAGAAUUUUGGGAAUCAGGUGCUAAAAAGGAACUGUUUUGCAGUCCGUUAAAGUUUUGGAAUGUUAUGCAUCUUUGCUUGCUGUAAUCAUGUUUGAUUUGAGGAAAGAUGCACUCGUGGCCGUUUGUGUCAUGUAUAAUAUACAAACCAGUAUUGGUAACAAUCAUAAUAUUAAAAAACAAUUGCAUAAACA